ACGGCGUAUCCCUGUCGUCCGCAGUCCCAGCGGCAGGAGCAGGCGGAGCAGCGCGGACCGCGGCGGGACAGCAGCAGCAGCAGAUGGGCAUGGGGACGGCGCUCGCGGCGCGGCUCGGCCUGGGGCUCCUGCUCCUGGCCCUCCUCCUACCCACGCAGAUCUACUGCGAUUCCAAUGGAACAAGUCCAACACCUUCAAACAAUUCAAGUUCCACUUCUCUGUCAGCUGUCACAAAUUCACUGAACAAUACCACCACUCAGGGACAUGGAAAUUCCCUUCACUCGACCACAAGUCUUCUUUUCAUUCUUUCAGUUUCUCUUCUGUAUUUGUGCUGUUAAGAGACUCUGGCAUGGAAAUGGCUACCACUACCCACCCAGUUUCCUGAACCAUCCGAGAUGGCUAGAUCUCUGACCCAGCAUGAAAAGAAACCAGUCCAAGCUCUGCAUCAAACCAGCUUGGUUUCACUCCAUACUCAAAUUAGUACCAGUUUGACCUAGAGAAGCACUUAGUAUUCUGACUUCCCAAAGCUGACCAGUGUGAAAAGACCAACUUCAGCAAGGAGGUUACUCAAUGAGCUCUUUCACCAAGUGAGCUGGAGUUUGAAAAACAAGAUGGAAGUGAGAAGAAAAGAGACGUUAUUGAGAACCCCUGAUUUAAUGCUGAGAAGAAAUGCAGUAUCUUGUAAUAUGGAUAAUAACACUCCACUGAGGGGAAAAAAAAGGCUAGAGGGUUUAUCUACCCUUUAAAAUAAGGACUUGAAGAGCUUUUCCAUUUAAAUUCAUUAAAGUCAGCAGGCUCAUAGAACCACUAGGAAAAGAAAGAGCUCAAAUGGUUCUGUUUCUUGCACAGCAUAUAUGAUUAUAACCUAUGGGUAGUAGGAUGUAUGUGAAAGAAACAAAUCUACAAGUGAAAAGUUGCUUCUAGAUUUCCUUUGUAUGAAAUUGUUCCAAGGCUCAACUAGAAUCCCCAAAAUUUUUGUAAGACUCCUCUUACUUAAUUUCUGAGUCCUAACCAACUGGGCUAUCUGGGCAGGGCUGAUAUUCUUUUUUUUUUUUUUCCAAAUGGCUAAUCCCCACCAGUUUGAAUUAUUUAUGGUGGGAAUUUGAAUUUGAGGUUUUAUUGGAGUUGUUUGUUUAUUAAGCCACAUGUGCCAGAGAAAAAGGAGGUGUGGAAACAUUGGGAAAAGUACCAGGAGCUUCUUGUAAAUAAAGUUCAGCCUAAAAAUCAGAAGGAAAAUAAAGUCAGUGGAUGUCUCCUCUUUCCCCUAGUUCCCCUCUCAAGUUGUUUUUUAGCUCCUGGAACUUUGCUUAAGUAUGAAGGAUUUAUGGAAUCUUUUGAGUACUGUUCUAGUGCUGUUUUUUUUCUUUCCCUGUUUUGUUUUCUUUUAUUGGCACAAAGUGAAAACUUCCUUUUUGCAUGAAAUUCUUUGUUUUAUUUUGAAGAGUUUUAAUUGGCAGCUUAAAUAUGAGCUACUGUUUGUGGUGGGGAGAAGAAAUGGGGGAGAGGAGAGCAAAAAAAGCCAAAAAAAUUAAGAGACAAGUUUGAAAUCUGAAACCUGGGGUCUUGAUAGAAUCACUCAAUUUAAGUUACCUUUGUAAAUACUCCGUUUUACAAUUUUUUUUCCUUUUUUGGGGGUUCUUUUUUGAAUCAAAAUUGCUGCACUUGCACAGAUUUGUUUCUGUAUCAUCCAAAUAUUUUAGGUAAAUAGUAUCUGGUACUUGAUCAACGCAAGCUUUGAGGAGGUUUAACCACCUUGAUGAUAAUACCUUGUCCAAAAAAAAAACAAACCCAAACCAGAACAAAACCCAAACCCCACAACCAAGACUAAUUAAUGUUAAUAUGAUCACCUGUGAGUAUAAAUGUCAAACAUGAGUGGCUCUCUAAUUACUCUUUUUUUUUUUAAGGUCCACAUCUGACUUUCAGUUCCAUUACCACCAAUCCAGAGUAUCCUUACUAGCAAACUAACAAACUGCUGUCAGUGGGUGUACAUGGACGUUUCCUUUCUGCUUCUGAUUUGUAUCCAGUCGAAAUGUUAAUGAUUGUAUUUUUGUGUUUGGUGUAAUUAUGCUUUGAUUUGUUAGCUACUGAUUUUCAUUGGAAGAGAAGAGAAACAACUGACCUGUAAAUAAAGCAGUGGACAGGCAAUGCAUUUUAGAUGCACUUCCAGCCACUUCUCCAGACAACUUGUAACUUGCCUGCAUAAAGUGAAUGAACUGUUAAGCGAGACAGUGUAUGUGAUUAAAAACCUCAAGGCCUAGAAA